UCACUUGGAGAACCUCAAAGAGAUGCAGCGCACGAGUCCUGAGCACAGAGAGUCGCCGACUAUGCUGCCUGACCAGAUGGUGUACGUGGCUGCUGUCACAGUGCUGGGAGUUCUGGAGCAAGCCUACUUCUCUUGGCAGGUGAUCUAUGCUCGGAGAAAAUAUUCAGUCCAGCCACCAGCCACAUCUGGUCCACCGGAGUUUGAAAGAGUCUUUAGAGCCCAAGUCAACUGUGCAGAAUACUUUCCCAUUUUCCUGGCCUUGCUGUGGGUAACGGGACUUUAUUUCAGUGAGGGGGUUUCGGCUGUCUGUGGACUGAUUUACCUCUACUCCAGAUACAAGUAUUUCUGUGGCUACUCUCUCUCAUCCCAGGGCAGGUUGGCUCCUCUCUACUUCAGCGCCCGGGUGCUCUGGAGCAUGAUCGCUUUCUCAGCACUCGGCAUUCUCCGCCACACCUCUCGUCUCUUCUUUGGACUGGACAUCCUUUACCACGUGAUGGGUUUCCUCGGGCUCUAGCGCGGGAUGUGCGAGUCAAACUCUUGGACUCCCCCGCCUAUUUGCGACGCUUUCUGCCGUCUCGUCUCUACUGUGCACUUUGUGACUCUACAGUCCUGCAGUCGAUGACGCUGACAGGUGCCCAGGUUGGACUCGGACACAUACGAGAGCUUAAAUGCACUUUUAUCAGCAUUUGUUCGAUUCAGGAAACGGAUGGAACAGUUCGUUCAGAUCCGAGAAUUCGCUUGCUUGAGCCGGAAGCCAUACGGCAGCUGUGCACUGCAUAUAUCCCUGGACUCACGCUGCUUUAUAUUUCAGCUGUUUAUGAAGCGCUAAAAGGAGCACUUUUGCUUGUAUACAGCGCCCCGAUACGAUAGUGGCAUCAGUCGUUUAGGAAGUCUGUAAAACAGCCAGUUCUUCAUAUACAAUAAUUGUACCAGUAUAGCACAGUAGGGGAGGCUCACCUUCAUUAUAUGCUGUGUUUGCCUGAGGUUUUUUUUUUUUUUUCUAAGUGGUCUUCCAAAUAUAAAAGUUUGCAGGAGCACAGCUGGUUACUGCCACUCUGGGAGUCAAGGGCAGCGUUUGAACUUUCAGUCUCCAAUUCAGUGCCUUAGCUACUGCAUCACACUACCCACUUAUAGUGGAGUCAAAUGUAUUUAAGGUAAUCAACUGUAGAAACGUAAUGUUUAAGUCAAUAAUGAUUACUGACUUAAAAAUUACGUUCGCAAAGAAAUUAUUUUCUAUUAAAAAUAAAUGAAAUAUCAUCCAAUCUGUAAAGGACACAUUUUCCCAUGGGACAAAUUAAGAUUUAUUUAUCAGAACCAAAGACCUAUCUAUCCAAUGAUCCCGUUUUUCUACACUUGUGGUGUUCCCAGAGAGUGGGUGAGUUGACUGACAGUUGACAGCUAUUAGUUAUGGGAGAGCAACUACUGUAUAAAGAACCUGAGUGAAAGUCAGCAGGCAGUGUCAGCUGAGGACCAUACUGGACACACUUGAAGGAAAAAAGAUGACUUUUCCUGAUGGAAUGAAACCAGCCUGGAGGUCGCUGUACAGCCACCAUUUGCUAACAGGGUGGUUGGAUCUGUGGUGGAGGUUGUUUGCAGUACACAGUAGUGCUGAACUACUUUUGGCAAUAAUCAGUCUGGAGUUUCUGACGGGUUAAGAGAAACCAUUGCACUGUUUUAUGUUUUGUAUAAGACUGCAACCCUUUUUUUUUUCUUAUAAUACAGCAGUUUGGGGUUUGAGUAUAAUGAGGUGGGCUUCUUGUUUGGGUGACAAAAAAAAAAAAAA